CCAGCCAGUCAGUCAGUCCGGGACAGUCAUUCGUGAUUCUGUGUCCACACGAGACGCACGCGUGUCCCACAGACCUCUACGUUGUUCGGAUUCUCUCGCUCUCGCUCGGUGUCGUCGCACUGUCCUGCUCUCACCGUGUUGUAGGUUUCGCGACAGACCCUUUAGUGUAUAGUUCCGGAACGCGUGGUCGAAACAGUCGAUUGACUGCCAACGCUUGCUAACCGAUACGGCAGGUUCAGAGAACCCCGAAAAUCCAGCCAGACACACGGAUUACUCAUCAAGGCGGUUGUACUGCACAGGUACACCACGCGAAGCAAAGAAGCAAGGGAGAUACCGAAAUUGUAACAAAACAUAAACGAGUGAUAUAAAGUGAAAUCAAGUGCUUUCAGACGACCAAUACUUUUACCAAACACAACCAACACGCCUAUAUAUAGUAUACAAACGGGGUAGAGGCGAGUUUAUUCGAGUACAGAAGGUUGUAAAGAUAGGAGCAGAAUAAUAAAUAACACAUAUAGUGUAACAAGUGCGAAUAAAUUGGGCCUCGGCAUUGAUAAAGUGAAGAGGAAACUUGAAGAAAAGAAGCAAACAGCAAGGAGUCAAUUGCGCUCAAUCGCUCUCGACAACAGUUGCAUAAUGUUAAGUGAAUAAUAGUGAUUCAUAUUGCCUAGUUCUGAGUGCUUUACAAUAUUCUCGCAAAGAGAAGGGCCCGCGCUCGGUACACGAAGAUCCCGAUCAAGUGAGAUCAUUUCUAAAUAGAAGGUGCCGUUGCACAAACAAACAGUGAUCGUACGGAGAUUGUUCCCGGUUAAAUUAAAAAUCCCAACCGCUUGGAGCUUGGAGUACCCAAAACCAACCUGUCAAAAUUCACACCAAUUCCGCGCGAUCCUCGAGUCCACCGUCGCCGUCGUCGUCAUCACCCGGCACAACGGUGGUGACAACCAGCGCCACAACGUCCACCAAGAUGAGGAUAAAGCGCGAAUCGACCUGCCUCGGACUACGGCUCAUGCCGGCCACCAAGCUCGCGAUCCACAACCCGCACAAACGGCACAAAGAUACCUGCGAUGACUCAUCGAUCACGCCCGGAACCCGGAUACCGCUGGCCCGUAGCUGUUCCAGUCCGGCCGUGUCCUACGACAUUGAAUCGCAUCCCGCAUCGCCAGUGUUUCCCUUCCUGCUGCUCGGGAACGGCCGGGACGCGAUCGACCCGACCACCGUGGGAGCCAACUGUGUCCUGAACGUUACCUGCCAACAACCGGCCGACUGCCUGCUGCAGCCAGGCUUCGGCUACAAACAGAUCCCGGCCAGCGAUACGCCGCACCAGAACAUCAAGCAGUACUUCCAGGAGGCUUUUGACUUUAUUGAGGAUGCCCGGAAGCGUGGUUCCACCGUGCUGUUGCACUGUCAGGCCGGAAUCAGUCGCAGCGCCACGAUUGCGAUAGCCUACGUCAUGCGGUACAAGGCCGUCUCGCUGCUGGAAGCAUACCAGAUGGUGAAGCUGGCCCGGCCCAUCAUCUCGCCCAACCUGAACUUUAUGGGCCAGCUGCUGGAGUUGGAGCAGGCGCUGAUUGCGGACGGCAAGCUGGAACCGCCGCCGCCGUCCCCGAUCGUGCCCCCUAGUCAGCCUCCGUUCUUCCUGAUCAACAACGGGAGCAAGUUUAACCCGCACGACGAAGAAAUGGACGACGACGAUGAGGACGACAAUAAGAACAAUAACAACAACAACCGGGACAGUGGGUGCAGCACGGCCAGCAGCAGUAGUACCAGCUCUAGCCGUAGCAGCACUGGUCGUUGCCCACCCAGGUUGACGUUAAGACUCCCAACGUCCCCCUCGUCGCCCUCGUCCCUUCCUUCCUCGCUGUCAUCCUCGUCAUCGACGCCAUCCCCCACCCAAUCGCUGGCACCGGUUCCGGCGACACCCAUCGGCACCGUCGCGCCACGACCCUUCCCCGCCCGCAGCAGCAGCAGUUCCAACGUGCGGCCAGCAUCCUCCAGUUCCAGCUCAUGAUCAGAUUUAAGCUAGUUAGACCUAAUCUUUUCGUCCCUUUUAUGCUAUAAUCUUAAAUUUGUGUGAUAAAAACUAUUUUUAAUGAAGCUAAUUUAUAAACUUUAUCUCCAAAAAUGUAAAUAGUAGCUCUUAAGCCAUUUUCGGUAAGAUGAAAAAGCGUGUACCAACAUAUUCGAAUCCAUGUUCAAAAUCGUAAACUGGCAACCCUGGUGAACUGUCAUACUGCACUCUCGUUCAAAGUAAAUCAGAUUUUGAACAAACCAAUCUUACUCUAAAGUGAGCAGGGUGACAAAUGUCCAAUUUGGCUUCAAUUCAAUCGGAAUUCGCAAAAUUAUUUUGCCACACUCGCCACACUUGCUCAUAGCUGAGUACGGCUUUGCUAGAAUGAGUUUUAAGGCAAAAUUGAGUGAAACACGGACAUCUACAAGUCUGGAGUUUUUUUUAAAGGUCCAAUGAACCAAAUUUCCAGUUUUUUACUUUUUGGGUGUUUUUGGAACCGCCUUGAGUCAGGGGUACUAGAAAACACGCAAAAAGCAAAAACUGAAAAUUUUGUUUAAUGGACCUUUUCAAAAAAAAAACUCAAGAAGUGUCAACAAGCCAGCGUGUGCUGAGUUUUUCAUCAAAAACCCUCAUCAAAAAAAAGCGAAUCGCCCCAUAUCAUCAUUGUUUGCAAAACUUACCUGCGAGCAAUCAAAACAACAAGAAGAAGAGAGCAUUUAGCGCCAUACACUUGCAACAUUUUGCGCGUUCAAAACUCACCACCGCCGCCAUGUUUCUUUUCGUUAAAAAGUCGCUUACAACAAAAACAGCGAAAACAAAGCUAAAUAUUACAUAAAAAACACACCCACACUGAAAGCAAAUUCUAGUCUCAUUUAAUGUUUAAGUUAACUUCUGUACGCCAACAAGAUUAGUGCUAAGAGACUGUAGAUUUACGGAAAAGCGAACUAUCUAUAUUUUUAAGGAAACUGUGAAUAAAUGAUUGUCUAUCGUGGUAAAUUCUAAACGAGAGAAAACUUAUUUAAAUGUUUGUUUUGUAAAGUUGUGCACACCUCCUCUGAAUCCCUACCCCACAAAAUCACUUUCUUAACUACUAAAACAACACUUUUGAAAAGGCUGUGUUAAGGUUUAAACAACUCUUACGAAAUCAACCAGACAAACUACAACAAGCUGUAACGAGAACAAUAAAUUGCCUGAAAUUUGCAGAGAGACAAAAAAAAAGUAAAUUUUCAUAAGAAGUAGACAUAUCUUUUGAAAUCUGCAGAAUUCUGCGCUUUUGUGUGUUUUUAAGCGAAAGAGUGUACAAAAUCGAAUCGUUUUUGUUGAUUUCCCCUAAUGAUUCGCUACUUGUUUUCGUUUUGAUAAUUUUCUUGCAAAGCCAGAUGAAGGAGGUUACAAAUUUACAAUAACGCAGCACAAGUUACACAUUGCACCCGAGCGCCGGCAAAACAAAAAGUUUAAAAUUUUACGUAAAUGUAACGAUAAUGGCAACGUGUAAAAAAUGGAAAAAAUAAUCCUGAUUCAUAACAUAAAACAACAAUAUUUAUUCUGCAGAAACAUUUUCGUUUCACUAGUUAAAGUUUAAAUUAUUCAAACAAAAAAACUGCUAGGAUAGUCUUGUAUAACGCUAACGAGGUGAGUCGACACUCAGAAUUAUAACACAAAUUAGUAUGAAAA